AACCACACAUGGGACCCGAUGUGGCGGGUGUCAGCGCAUAUGUGGAUGGUGUUGGACGGCAUGGUGACUCUUGUCUCUGAAGAUCAUGACCCACAUGGAUCCCUCCACAAAUAUGCUCGAUUUGCUUCACCAAUUCUUCAUCAUUUUCCUUUUAGAGAUAAACAACGACAUCAAACGCUGCAUCUUCGAUUAUCUUCUUACCUAACAAAUCAUACUUCCCAACCUUCGUCUCUUGUCUACCAUCAAUCCAUCAUUCAAACUUUUUUCUACUGCUCUGCUCCAUCUCAAUUCCUCUGAAUCCAGGUUGCUUUUAGGUAACUGUUCUUUACUCGCAUAAGGUGGGGCACUGGAUCUACUCAAUUUCAUUUUUUGGUUCAAAUUAAAAGUCGAGAUAAGAAAGAAUGAAUCCUCCCAAAAUCAAGCGUAGAGUGGGUAAAUAUGAAGUGGGAAGAACAAUUGGCGAGGGAACUUUUGCAAAAGUGAAGUUUGCUAGGAAUUCUGAGACUGGGGACCCUGUGGCAAUCAAGAUCCUUGACAAAGAAAAAGUUGUUAAACACAAAAUGGCUGAACAGAUAAAAAUGGAAAUAGCUACUAUGAAGUUGAUAAAGCAUCCAAAUGUCGUCCGCUUAUACGAGGUUAUGGGGAGCAAGACCAAGAUAUUUAUCGUAUUGGAGUUUGUCACAGGAGGGGAGCUUUUUGAUAAAAUUGUGAACCAUGGAAGGAUGCAUGAAGAUGAAGCCAGAAAAUAUUUUCAACAGCUAAUCAAUGCUGUUGACUAUUGCCAUAGUAGGGGUGUUUAUCAUAGAGAUCUAAAGCCUGAAAAUUUGCUUCUAGAUGCUUCCGGAAACCUGAAAGUUUCAGAUUUUGGAUUGAGUGCCCUUUCUCGACAAGUUCGGGAUGAUGGUUUACUUCACACAACAUGUGGAACUCCAAAUUAUGUGGCACCUGAGGUCUUGAAUGAUAGAGGGUAUGAUGGGGCGACUGCAGAUUUAUGGUCGUGUGGAGUCAUACUCUUUGUCUUGCUUGCAGGUUACUUGCCAUUUGAUGAUUCUAAUCUUAUGAACCUAUAUAAAAAAAUUGGGGCUGCAGAGUUCACUUGUCCUCCAUGGGUCUCCUUUAGUGCCAUAAAGUUGAUCACUCGCAUAUUGGAUCCCAACCCCAUGACUCGAAUAACAGUGCCUGAGGUUUUAAAUGAUGAGUGGUUUAAAAAAGGUUAUAAACAACCUGAAUUCAUAGAGAAAGAAGAGACAAACUUUGAUGAUGUGGAAGCUGCUUUUCAAGAUUCUGAAGAGUAUCAUGUAACAGAAAAGAAAGAAGAAUCUCCAGCUGCCAUGAAUGCUUUUGAGUUGAUUUCUAUGUCUAAAGGGCUCAACCUCGGGAACCUUUUUGACACGGAUCAGGGAUUCAAAAGGGAGACAAGAUUCACAUCAAGAUGCCCUGCAAAUGAGAUAAUUAGUAAAAUAGAAGAAGCUGCAAGACCUCUUGGUUUUGAUGUGCACAAGAAAAACUAUAAGUUAAGGCUUGAAAACAUCAAAGCUGGGAGAAAGGGAAACCUUAAUGUUGCUACAGAGGUAUUUCAAGUAGCACCAUCACUUCACAUGGUUGAGGUACGAAAAGCCAAAGGAGACACUUUGGAAUUUCAUAAGUUUUACAAAAGACUUUCAAGUAGCCUGGAUGAUGUUGUUUGGAAAACAGAAGAGGAUAUGCAAGAACCCAAGUAAAAAAAUUUGGGCAUUUUAUUCUCCAUGUUAUGUUGUGUCAUUAGCUUGUAUUAUUGCACAAGUUUUGCGUGUAGAUAGACAUGUUGCCAAUUGUUUGUUUCAUAAAUAGUUAAAAACACAAGUUGUAAAAUCUCUAUUUUUAAUUCUUUUUUUCCCCUUAAGAAGUUGAAAAUCAACAUUACUCCUUCA